UGUAGGCGCUCUGCGCAUGCGCACUGCUCCCGGCCGCCUCCAGCGCCGUGGGCUCCGCGCCUGCGCAGUGCGCCGUGCCCGCUCUGCGCAUGCGCGCUUCACUCUGCGAUCUUCGCGCCUGCGCAGAGCGGCGUGCCGGACUCCGGCGGAACUUUUAAAGGGGCCGCGUCCCGGAACCGGCGGGGUUCGGUUGUCGCCUCCCGCACUGUCCCGGCGGAUGGAGACGAGUUCGGGGCGGCGCUGCCGGCCGGGCGGGAGGCUCGACAUGAGCCACGGCUUCGUACGGCACAUCCGCCGGAACCAGCUGGCCAGGGACGCCUACGAGCGCGCCGUGAGACAGACACGGGGCAAAGCCCGGGGGCGGCACACCGCGGCCCCCCCCCCGGCCCCGCCGCCCCGAUCAGCCCGUGUACAGAGCGCGGCGCUCCGGUGAGUGCGGGGCGGCAUUGGAGGGGGCUAUGGGGGGAG